UUGUCCUACACCUGAAAUAUAAGCUGACCUACAGGUAGCCAAGAACUCAUUGAAGGAGCUUUCUUCCUUCUCUCUCCUUUUUGUUCUCACAAACUGUCCUAAAUAUAAUUAUGCCAAAGUUCAAUGUGCAUAAGCAAGGGCAAUAGAGGAGUGGGGACAUUGUGGAACUCUCCAGGAAGGGUAUUACAGCAGGUUCAUGUUGCAGAUUAUAACUACUGAGAACAAGUGAAGCCACACACCUGAGAAGGCAAUAACACUAAAUCCUCACUGCUGGCCAUGCAAAUAGGGUGACAAACUACCAACCAAAGAGAACACACUUAAGACCAAGAUGACCACCAAGAAGGCAGAUUUCCAGAGGAGGAUUGUCUCCAAGGAUGGACACAACCAAGUGCGCAUUGACAAUGUGGAGGGCAUGGUAAAGCUCUAUCUCCAUGACAUCUGGACCACGGUGGUGGACAUGAAGUGGCGCUACAAGCUCACACUGUUCUCCUCCACCUUCGUCAUGACCUGGUUCCUCUUUGGCGUAAUCUUUUACUUCAUCGGCAUGGGCAACGGUGACUUCAAGGGUGAGCUGCUGUCCAACCACACGCCGUGCAUCAUGAAUGUUGAGACCCUUACCGGCGCCUUCCUCUUCUCCCUGGAGUCGCAGACCACCAUUGGCUACGGUUUCCGCUACAUUACCGACGAGUGUCCGCUGGCCAUCUUCGUCCUGGUGGUCCAGCUGGUCACCACGGGCCUGGCUGAGAUCUUCGUGACCGGGGCCUUCCUGGCCAAGCUGGCACGACCCAAGAAGCGGGCCGAGACUAUCAAGUUCAGCCAGUCGGCGGUGAUCUGCCGGCACGAUGGCAAGCUAUGUCUGAUGGUGCGUGUGGCCAACAUGAGGAAAAGCCUGCUGAUCCAGUGCCAGCUGAUUGGCAAGCUGCUUUCGCCCAACGUGACCGAGGAGGGCGAGAAGACUCUGAUCCACCAGACAGCUGUGGACUUCUACAUGGACUCAUGCGGGGAGUGCCCCUUCCUAAUCCUACCCCUCACAUUCUAUCACGUGUUGGAUGAGAGCAGCCCGCUGGUGGGGCUGACCGCUGAGAGGUUGCGGACGCGCGACUUUGAGCUGCUGGUCACCCUCAACGCCACCAUGGAGUCCACGGCAGCCACGUGUCAGAGCCGCACAUCGUUCGUUCCCCAGGAGAUCCUGUGGGGCUACGAGUUCAAGCCCGUGCUCUUCAGCACCCCCAGUGGCCGGUACGUGGCCGACUUCAACUUCUUUGACAAGGUGCAGUUAAGCAGCGACCCGACACUCCUCAGCAACAACACAGAGAAGCUGAAACUGGAGGAGGUGUACAAGAAGGAAUAAGGGAGGACACUCAAACAUGUUGGACACACUGGUAACGAACAUGAUACACUGGUUGUAUUACCAUAGUUACUGUUUAGAAACAAUUUGGAAAUACACCCAGCUAGCAAAUUUGGUUCCUUGGAAGUUGUGGGAACGUAUGUUUUUGAUUUCACAUUGGUUAUGGGAACGAAGCCAUAUGUUACCAUAAGUUUAACAUUUUUACCUGUUCUGGGAACAUUUAUUUUUAGGUUGCAGGAAGACCCUGAGAAAGUUGGUUCUUUUAAAGUUUUUCUGGGAGGUUUUAUUUAACCUAAAACCUAGCUUAUUUUGGGUUAAUGUUUUUGAACUCCAAGCAUUUCCUUAAGCAUUAAUCAUGCAAACACAUGAAUUUUUUAUUGUGACACAGCAUCAGCGGGAUUUGAACCUUUGAACCUUUGAUCUUCUGUUUUCUAUCCAUGGAAUUAGUCCACUGCGCCAUCAAGAAGGAGCUAACAUGGCAUAAUUUUUACACAUACAAAGCUGUUAAUUUUAGUAUGCUCAUACACACCUAAUUUCAAAGGAAACGAGAACUCAUUAAGAUCAGACGUGGCCAAUUAGUGGCCGCGGCCAACACACUUGAACACACUUAACAAGAUACAGCCUCGAGAGAGUUUUGUAGAUGCUGAGAACAGAAUGUAUAUGUUUUUAAAUAUCAAUCUUAGAACAUUCUCUAAACGUUACAAAAGUUUACUUGAGGAUUUGGAUAGAAUGUAUUCUUAACAUUCUCUGGACAUUUUGAGAACAUGACUUUAAAUAUAACCAUGAGGAAGCCUGUAGGAAACAUUAUACUGAAGUCCUGAAAUUCCCACAGAAUAACAUUGUUUCUUAAUGUUCUUGGAACAUUUCGAUAAUGUGACUUUGAACAUGACCAUGACCACACAUUGACUCUGUACCGGUACCCCCUGUAUAUAGUCUCGCUAUUGUUAUUUUACUGCUGCUCUUUAAUUACUUGUUCCUUUUAUUUCUUAUUGUUACUAAUAUUUUUUUAAACUGCAUUGUUGAUUAGGGGUUUGUAAGUAAGCAUUUCACUUUAAGGUCUACACCUGUUGUAUUUGGCGCAUCUGACUAAUACAAUUUGAUUUGAUUUGAGGAACUGUAAUGCUGAAGUACUGAAAUUCCCACAGAAGAACGUUGUUUCUUAACAUUCUCUGAACUAUUUGAGAACAUUCCCAAUGUCAAACCAGUUGGAGAACGUUUCUAGAACAUUACCACCAUUAAAAUGAAACUUUUAGGAAACGUUCUGUUAAAGUAAUGAAAUACCAAGAAAAUAAGUUCCUUAAAUGUGCUGAGAAUGUUCCAAAGAAACUAUCUUGCAUCAAUCCCAGAAAGUUGUGGGAAGGUUGUUUCUAAAAUAACCAUAGGACAACCACACUCUCAACAAGCUCUAAUAACCAUAUGGUUUUCAGAACGUUAUGUGCUAGCUGGGCGUGGUACAGAAAUAUAUAUGUUUGUAUAACUCAUAAACCUAAUGAGUGAAUGCUGACAAAUUUACGCAAAAUAAAUAAUGUACCUGAUCAGUGUGCAUCUGGUCAGAGUACAUUCAUGUGCUGUGUACCGUAUAUUUGGCAUAUUGUUUGUAUUUACAAGCUUUAUAAUAGGAAUAUGUGGACAUGCAUUCAGAAUAAGGACUGCGUCUCAGGUGCUGGUGUUUGUGUAAUUGAAUUUGUGGCAGUAACUGUUGCUGUAUUAGAAAAGAAUUAUGGAGGAUUCCAGGAAAACAGAACAAGAUGUUGUUACUUUUUUUCCACGCAAGUUGUAUAUUUUAAUGAAUUAUACAUAUUUCACUCAAAAGGUAGAUGGGGAUAUAACAAAACUAGUUUGAGAUAAUGGCUGUGUAAUGCUUAAAAGCUGUGUUCCAUCUGUAUCUCUGAAUAAACCAUUGGCUUUCAAGAAUA